UCGCAGCAUGUCACUCUCUACAAAGAGAGAAUCUAAAGGAACAGGACUGCAGUGUGAGAGGACAGAAAAGCAAUCAGCCAUCUGCUUGCAGCACAUGAAUAUAGAUGCUUCGGAUGAUGAAGCAUCAAUUGAAAAACCAAGUGAUGAGACAGCAACAUAUAAAGGUCCUGAUUCCAAACCUGCCGUGACAAAGAAAAGAAAACAGCCUACAGAGUGUUUUCUAAGUCAGCCUGAAGAAACACCAGGGAGCACUCUAAAAGCAAAGAAGCGAAAGAAGAAGAAAAUUUCUGAUGUUCUGGAAAAAUCUCCUCCAAAACCUGGUGUCCCUGAGGAUCUACAGAAUCUGCUUAGUCAACAUUUUGGUACAAAACGUUCAGUGAUUGAAAUAGAGGAAUUAAAGCUGCCAGAUUCUUGCUUUUUGCCAGCCAAUGACCUCACCCACAGUUUUUCUUCAUACCUGAAAGAAAUCUGUCCUAAGUGGGCAAAAUUCCGUAAAAACCACAAGGAGAAGAAGUCAGUGGUGAUGCUGGUUAUCUGCAGUUCUGCCCUUCGUUCCUUGGAACUCAUGAAGUCAAUGACAGUAUUUAAAGGCGACUGCAGAGUUCUGAAAUUGUUUGCAAAGCACAUAAAGAUAAAAGAACAGAUGAAUAUGUUGGAGAAAGGUGUGUUCCACAUUGGAGUUGGAACUCCUGGGAGGAUAAAAGCACUGGUAGAGCAAGAUGGCCUAUGUUUGAACUCCACAAAAUAUAUUAUUCUGGAUUGGAACUGGAGAGAUCAGAAACUAAGGAGGAUGAUGGAUAUCCCUGAGAUAAAGAAAGAAACAAUCGACCUACUCGAGAUGAGGAUUAUAAAGCUGUGCAGAGAGGGAUCUGUGAAGCUGGGACUCUUUUAAUAGUUUUACCCACAAGGAAGUGACUUACAGGUUCAUUUUACUUCUAUCCUGUCUGCAAGUGGUCAAUGGUGAUUAAGAAUUUUGAUUUUUCAGAGAUAAUUGAUGCAGAAAGAAUGUGCUGUGUAACUUUAUUCUGAGGUUCCUUUUAAUAAUAAAAACAGAAGUUUUAUUUGUA